AUGAAUCCAGCUGCCGACCAGGACCUUCUGCUGUGUUCAGCCCUCCCCAAUGAUUCGGAUUGUAAGAACGAAUAUCUCUUACCGCAAUCUAUCCAAGAAGAAGGAGGCUUCUUGCAAAGUCCAUCGCUGAGUCAUUCCCUUCCAUCUGCAUCUCAGCCUGGGAUUCUUCAAGAUAGCUGGCAUCCGACCUCAGCUCAGGCUGAUCACGCCUUCGAUGGAUGGUUCGAAAGAGAUUGGGUGUUGUUUCCGGAUACACCAGAUUCAGUUGAGCAACCUGACGAUAUAAUGGAGAUCUCAGUUGUCCUCAGCAGUUACGGUUCCUCAGAAGAGGCCCAGUUUAGAGUAGAUCGGCACGUGCAGCAGACAUUGGAGCAAAGGCAUCUCGUGGCCCAGAGUGGCAAGAACAAGCGCCCAGCAAAUGCAUUCAUCCUCUAUCGUAUAGCCUUUCAAUGUAUGGCUGAGGAGUUUUAUAGCACCAAAUGUCAACAGCUUGUGUCAAGAAUAUGUGGGAAGAGCUGGCAACUUGAAUCGGACGAUGUAAAAGCGUGGUUUCAACAACAGGCCACGAUCCAGAAGGCGAACUAUACGCAGGCUUUUGAGCAUGCGUGA